AUGUAAUUUAUUUCUUAAGAUGGGCGAACUUUUAAGAUUGACGAUAAAGCACUAAAACACUGUACUAAGGUCAGUAACACUAAUUUAGAAGUUGUUAACUUAACUGGUAUCAAAAGUAACAUCUUGAGGAAGGUCAUAUAAUAUUGCUAGAUACAUUAAAACGAUGCAUAUAUCCCAAAAAUAUCAAGACCUUUGAAAUCAAAUCUGAUAUUUGAGGUUGUGGAUUUUCAAGAUGCUGAAUUUAUUACAUAACUAGACUUUGAAGAAAUAUUUUAAAUUAUUCAAGCAGCAGAAGUUCUUGGCAUAGACCGCCUUAGUUGAAUCUAUUCCUGUGCAUUUAUUGCAUUAUAAAUCAGAGGAAAAAGUUAGGAAUAAGUAAAAGUUACUAGCUCCAAUACUUAAAAAAAACUAAAACCGGAUGAGGAAGUUUAAAGACAAAGGGAUAUUGAUACUUCUGCAAAAAGAGAUCCAACUUAAACCAUUAAUUGAUACAUUUUGUUAUAAAAACUUAUAUUUUCAUAUUAAA